AUGGCAGGCGCAGACGAGCCGCAGAAUACUCUGUUGUUGGAACCUAAUGCACGUGCCGCUUUUAUUCGCUACAAGUGGUGUUUACUACCGACGGACAUUGCGAAUUGCUAUGAGAUCCAAAUGCACAAGUCGAACUACCUCGGUGCUACACAGGCGCAGGAUCGCGUUACAUUCAAGGACUAUAGUCUUGAGGCACCGGCCAUGGAUAGUGCCGACGCCGAGAGGGCAGCCUCAUACCUGGAGUCCUCUCAGCACCGGGGAGUGAAACGAAGGCGUGAACAAGCUGGAGUAGACCUACCCAAUCCCAAGCUCCUUCGAGUGCAUGCUGCUUUAACAAUUUUGCUCCGCUCAAGUGGUACUGCGGACAUAUUCGAUACGAUGAUCCGCUGGCGUUCUAACGAGCACCAUCAAAGCGUGCCGGAGGCGAGUGGGCGUGCCUUCUGGGAGUCUGUUGUAAUAUACGAAGGUCCGGAAAUUCGCCUAUCUGCCGAGUUGCAGAACGCGGCGGAGGCGAUUGGUCGUUUAUCGACGUCGACUGAUUCGGAAUAG